AUGCAAGCAGAAAUGGUUGACCAGCUGCCUGUGGACACCUACAGGGUAAGAUGGACAUUGAACGUACCUGGAUUGGCUGAAAUAAAAGAGCCUGGCCAGCAAGUCACUAUCACCGAACUUGUUCAGAGUAAAAAUGUCACGAUCAACAAUCAGCAAAUCAAAGUAGAUGGGUUGGGACAGACUGUCUCUGGCCUAGUUCCCUUGACCUAUUUGCAACCAAAAUUCAAGAAAACAUCAAAGAUUGAAAAUCAAAUUUCCGCUGCUAAUCCGGUCAAAGAAGAUGUGGCGAAAGGAGAAUGGUGGAUGGGACGUGUUUCUUGCAUCGAUGUUGGCAUACGACUAUCCAGAGAUCCCUCAUUAAUCAUGGGUAGCUACGCAGUAUGUCAACCACCGGAGAUGGAACCAGUGGACGCAGGAGAGUGGGCGGAGUUUGUGUUGGUUGUAAGGAACAUUUCAGGUAGUGUGGAUCAGUGGGUAUACGAAUGGGAGCUCAACCAUAGGUACAACCAAAGAUUUGGGAAGAAAUUCAAGGCAAGAAAAAUUGGCAACGAUAUCAUCAAAGCACCUCCAGCAAGUCCAAUUCCGUCAAUAGCUUACUUUCUUAUAAAACGAACCGAAGAAGGCAUGUUCUAUAUAGAAUCUGAAAAAACGUUCCUAUCUAUCGAUCUGCUGCUUUCGCAUUACUACGACAACGUUUUGCCGAUUGACGGUGAGAGCGAGGCUUCGAAACAAGCUUUCUCUCUAGUGCUUCGUGGUAUUAGCCAGUUUGACAGCUUGCCACAUACGUUUCCAAGGCCUAUCUUAGGAGCCAUGAAAAAACCGUCCUACCAAAAGAAGGAUCGUUCACCACUCCAACUAUUUCUUGGUGGUGCUCAGAAAUCGUUGAAAGAUUUUAGAGCAAGAGUCGCUAAACGAGUGAUCUUUUUCGAUAACGAACAAAAGGAAACACUCUAUAAAGGGUAUCUUUACUACAAUGGCACCUACAAUGUAGUAACGAUCCGUAAGAUGCGACCAAAACUGUACAACCAGAAAGCGUUCGAUAAGGACAUCAAACGAUUGAAUAAAACUAUGCAAUCGAGCAAAGAUGGUGGAUCAAAGCAAGACGCAAAUGUGGGAAAGAUCAGGAACGGUUUUCAGUUUCUCUCGCAUAUUGUCGGGUUCGGUGGUGAUCCUAUUGAGAAAUACGGCAAGUGGAUCGCGUAUGAGUUUAUCACAGGCAUCCCCUUGGAUCGAUUCCUACAACGCCGAAAGUACAUGAGCGAUUCUAUGUUUUUGAGGGAAAAAUCCGAAAUUUUGUAUCAGGUCAGCGCUGGUAUGCGAUUCCUCGAAUUGAACAGCUUAUGCCAUCGUCAUUUGCGAGGUUCAAAUAUCAUCGUGCACGAAGAGGGUUCGCACAUGUACGGGGUCAAGAUCACCGACUACAUGGUCACCUACCAUUUUCUGGACGAGGAGUGGGUGGAGAAAAUCAACCUGUUCGAUCUGGAUUGGCCAUGGUGGGCACCGGAAUGUGUCCUGUACAGGUGUUUCGACAUUGUCAGCGAUGUGUGGGCUUUUGGAUGUGUUAUUUUCGAGAUAAAUCACGACGGGCUCGGCCCAUAUGCUUUCCAGAAGCGUCGCCCUCAAUCACAUCGCGACCUACAAUCAAUCUUUGAAAGUGGUGAACAGAUGUGCAUAGUGCGCGAGGAUGAUGCGGAGUCGUUCCUCGAAGAACUUCUCUUUAUGUGUAUACGAUAUAAUCCAGACACUCGUCCAACGUUCGACCAUCUGUUCCACUUUUUUCGUGAACUUCUCUUUGAUUUCGCUGUGGGUCCCAGUGCUGCCAUCGAAAAAUACAUAAAGAAAGCCCCAAAGAAAUUUGAGCACCCGAAAAGGAGUACUUUGAUACCAGAGGAUGACAAAAUUCUCAAGAAAGAAACCUAG